AUGCCAAGACUCACAGAAAUAAAGAUCACUUAGAAUCUAAGUGGCUAAAACCAUAAAAGAUAGAGCAGUCUUCUUAAAAAUCUUAAACUUAACAAUAUUGCUAAUAAAAACGAUUACUUUGAAAAAAGAGCAACUGAAUAUCCUUUCGAAGGUUCAAGAACCAAUAGAUCUAAAGAGGCAAGGCCUAAACUACUUAUUCCUCUCUAAAAUUACUAGGUCAAUGAAAAUUCAAGAUUCUUCCUAGAUAAUACAACAUCUCAGUAAUCUCAAGAUGGCAAAAGUGAUCUUAUAGCAAAUUUGAUCAACAAAAAGAAUAUUAGAAUAAUUAAUAAUACGAACAAUAGUGUAAUAUAAGGAUUUUACACUCAAAGAAACCCAAAACUGCCAACAUCUGUUAAUAAUCUUCAUGAAAUUUCUUAUCUAAAAGAUUAGCCUAGUAUUAAGAUUUUGAAUCAGAUCAAGUUGAAAGAUAAAUUUUCUACUAUAAAUGAUGAGACUUUAAAUAACUUAAGUGGAGGAGGAUUUAACUUGCCAACUAAUCUCGAUGAUAUUUAGAGAUUUGUAAAUUACAAAAAACUAAGUAAUAAUCUAAUGUAAACGACAGAGUUUUAGCAUACAACAUUAGAGGAUAUUAUUGGGUAGAUAAGUAAGGCAAUAAGUAAUCCUUUUAGCUCCAAUUCAAAGAUAAAGGAUCAUGAUGAGACUAUUCAAACCUAAGAUGAGUUUAAUUUGCUAAACUUCCAUUUCAUAAAGGAAGUGAUUCCUAAGAAUCAAUCAACAACCAUAUUAAAUUAAUUUGAUUAGGCAUUCGAAAAUAAGAUGUCUGGAGAAAUGUUUCAAGAGCUAUUUAAGAAACAUAACUUAGAACAUCUUCUUAGAAAAGAUAACUUGAUAUUCCAGACAUUGUCUUAGGAGAAAUCACUAAAAGAUGCAAGGAUAGAUCAUUUGGACAUUAAUAAAAACUCUCUGGGUUAGCCAGUAAGCCGUAAAGAUGCAAUAAUCCUACUAAAAUGGCUUGAUAGUAUGAUGGGCAAACUUAAGGUAUUCUCUCAAAAAAUAGAGGAACCCUUAGAAAAUCAAUCUAAGGACGAAGCGACAAUAGAAGAAAUGAGACUUGAAAUGAUUUAGGUUCUAAUGAAUGUUGCUUUUAAAGAAAUCAUUAGACAAGUAAGUGUCCAAUGUAUUGAGAGAGGUUAUGCAUUAUUAAAGAUUUUCAAUGCUUAUCUCUGCAUAAUUGAAGGAAUGCAUAUUAAGUUCUAGCAGAUGAAAAAAGAUUUCAAAUUAAAGUAUCGACAUAAAAUACAAAGAGUUAUGAGUUCAUAUCAAAAUAAAAGAGAAGAAGCUAAUGAUGAAAUUCACAAAUUUAAUAGGGAAAUGGCCAGAAUUAGGAAUCAUUAUGAAGAACUUAAGAUCAGUGAGGAACUGCUAAAGAAAUAACUUAAUGAAACCAAAGACUAGUUGGAUCAUGCUAAGAUGUAAAAUGAGGAACUCAAGGAUUUUAAUAAGAAGCUAUUCAAGGAAAGUAAGGAAACAAGAAUGGAGUUGAAUCUUAUGAAGAAGAAUAUACUUGCCUAGGAAAAUGAUGAUAAAAGUGAUAUUCAUUCUCAUCUUAGCUCCAAAUAAGGCCAUAAAAAUAGAUAGAAAAACCAAAGAAAAAAGAAAAGACUGUUAAACUUGGAGACAGAGUUUCUCAGAACUUAGACUGAUGAUGAUUAUAGCUUGUUGAGUUAGCUAGAUAAAGAAUUCUAAAGGCAGGAAUUAGAAAAUGAUAGUUAUAAAGUACAUAAGGAAAAGGAGAUUAUAUAUGAUUUGUAUGAAACUGAAGAGAAAGGUACCUAAGUUGAUGAAAAAGAACUAAAGUAAAGAUAAGAGGAAUGCAAUAAUGAGCAAGAUAGUGAUAAUAACUACAUAAAUGGCUCCGAUAAUCAAAGCAACUAUAGAAAUAAUAUGGAUACCAAUAAUCUUGCCAAAACAAAGUACAAGAUAAAUGAUAAGAUAAAGCUAUUUACUAAUGGAUUAGAAUAUAAUACUAUCCAGAUCACAGAUUAGUCAAAAGACUAAAAUUUUUAUCGAUUUAAGUCAAACUAAGCUGGUAGAAACAAUUUAAGGUAAAAUAACGGCUAAGAUAAUCUAAACUAUUUCCUUAAUAAAAAUGAAUCCAACGAAAUGAGUGGGAUCAAUAAGACUGAGAUGAAUUCAGUAUUUAACAAAAUAGAAAAUACAACCUUUGAUGUCAAUCUGAUUCCAAUAGAUUCUACUCACAUUAAUCAUAAUUUAAACUUUGAAAGUGUGUAAAGCGGUAAGGUCUAAUUUAUUUCCAACCAGUCACUUUAACUUAGUGCUAGCAAGAUAAUAGCUUCAAAGGAAAUUCAUAUAAAGAAUGUUGAUUCUAAAAAAUAAAAAAACUUAGAGGAUUUCUAAAGUAAAAUUAAAGAUCUAAGUUUACUAUCUGAGUAAGAACUAUUGGAAUUAUUAGCAAUGAUAGAAAAAGAUCCCGAUCUUGCAAAGCUUUAUGGAGCUUAAAAGCUUUUAGAAAUAAAAUAGCUCAUCAAUAUGCAGAUAAAACAGAAUUUAAUUUAGAUUAAUCAAAACAAAUCAAGGAAUAUCGGUAAGAAUGCUAGCUUAGAUAACAAUUCAGAUGAUGAAAUAUAUUAGUAAAAUGAGAUAAAGACUACAAUGUAUUAGGAUUUAAUGAGAGUGACCAUGAACUCUCAAAAUAAGGUCUUUUAAAGCUUUCAUGAGGAUAUGGAAAAUAUCACUAUUGAAUAGUUCAGUACUCCAGGUGGUCAAAAUAAUAAAAUUCCCGUUGACAAGCAUCAAGAAAAUUUAGUGGUAAAAAAGGAUGUCAAGAAAGGAUAGCACAAUAACACCAGACACCAUUCGAUAAAUAUAAGUUCUCACUAGAGUGGGAUUGAUCUACAAAAGAAUAGGAGUUCCAAUUUGGGUUAUGAUCAGCCACAUGGAUUGCAAAAUGAUAGUAGAUUUCAUGAAAAUUAAGAUCUAUAAGCAUCUUUUAACUCAGGCAUUGGCAAGAGACAUAACAUAGAUAAACAUAAAUUCACUAAGUUCACUAUCCCCGGCACAACUGAAUUUAACGAAUUCUAGUUAGGGCAGAGACGAAGAUAGCAGACUCUUAAAGCUCACCCAGCUUAAUAUAUUUUCCAAAAAAUUAUCAGAAAGAAGCCAAAGAAGAUAAAGAAAAUAAUUCCAAGAAAAAUGGUAAACAAGACAAUUACAUUGAUGUAUCAAACUAGACUAGAGUGCUUAUUAUCUUAAAGUGAAGAGCAUUCAAAUGAUAAACUUUACGAAUUCGUUUAUGAUAUGUUUAUCAAGCGGUAUGGACUAAAGCAUAUAGCUGAGGUGAAAUACACCUAAUUCUUGAACUCUGUAAAGAAAUACCACGAUUAAACCUUUAAGAUAAAGAUGUUCGCUAGGCACAUCGGAUUGGAUUAGGAAAGUGAGGAUAAAAUAAACUUCAACAAAUUAAAUGAAGAUUUGACCUUCUAUCUGGGAAUAUAUAACUAUCUCAAUAACCUCAACGUUGGUAACAAGAUUGAUAAUCAAGACUUCAAUGACUAUCACUAUUUUGCCUUUGUGAAGGUUACUGAGUGCUUAAGAUAUAUUUUUGAGAGCCAUAAGCUAUAAAAUGAGGCUUUGAAUCUUAUAAAAAAAGAUCUUGAUUAAUUUAAAUAAAUUGAUCCCAAAUUUGGUAAUAGACUUGGAGUCUUUGAUUUUGAUCAAAUAACACUUUAUUUGAUACCUAAAUGGAGAUCUCUAACCACUGACUACAUUGAGUUUACAGCAAGAUGCUUAUUUGAAGUUGUAUAAAAGGAAGAUUAGUGUAUAGAAGAUGGACUCGAAUUCGAAUAAUUCCAUCUUCUUAUAAGGAAUUUUGACUAGACCAAGAAAUCUAGAACUGAGUCUAUUUUCUCAGAGUACUGUUCAGACUUACAAAAACUUACCUUUGAAUAAUUCAAGGUCUUAAUUAAUUCAAAAUCAAUACUAUCAGUUUCAUCGUACAUCAAAUUCACUCAUUAAAAGGUAAAAUUCAAUUUAUUUUUAAUUUCUUUUAGUUUGAGAAUCAUCUUAUAAUUAAAAACCUUGAGAUAAUCAAAGAAAGAUUCUAAAGAAUAGGUAUGUUACCUAAUUAUGAAGAUUUGA